GAUAUCGUUUGCUAAAAAAAUUGUUAUUGUUUUGGUUUUAUGUUUUUAUGUCGAUGGUCAUAAAUUCCCAAGAAGUUGUAAGUCUGGUCAGUUUUAUGAGCCAAGUUUGAUGGAUUGCCUGGAUUGUCCUGUUAAUGUAUCGUUAGUCACAUCUGCUGAUGGAUUUGCAUGUACCUGUGAGGAGCAUAGUGUAGCGACAAGUAUUGCACGUUGUAAGCCAUGCAACGUCACCGAAGUCGUUUCCACUGAUGAAACUACUUGUGUUCCUCGAAGAUGUCAAAGCUCCGCGGGUCGUAUAGUUUGCAGAAAGUGUCCACAGGAUCACAUUUCAGUGACUCAAUUAUUCGAUGGUUCACCAGUGAAAGAAGUCCAGUGUGUUAAGUGUGCUCGUGGAUACAAAGUUUUUGAUAACCGUUGUGUCAAAUGUGAGGCUUGUUCGUGUAAAAAGCACGAAGUAAUCGUAAGAGGAAGAUGUAUACCGAAAAAAUAUAUUUUAAGCCGACCUAAAUACAUUGAAAAUCAACUUCAUCCAAAUGAACUAUUAGAGAUAGUAAAAUUGGAAUAUUUCUGUACGCAACAAGACUUUAGAGCGUGUCGUAGUUUAGCGAGCGCUUGCGUUCGUAAUUUCUAUUCAUUGGAUCCCGCAGGACCUUGUAGACUUUGGCUUCAACCUAAUUUAGGAGUAAUCAAAGGACUACCGUUGCUUACGAUAGAUGCUUCGAAAAACAGUAAUCCAGUUAUCUCUUUAGACCGUGAAAAAGAUAUAUAUAUAAAAAUAGCAACGGGAAUCCACACCAGGGUUGGAGGAUUAGAUUUAUUUUUAGAUACGAACCACCGUCCAAAUACAUGUCUUCCACCAAUCGACAUUAAGAUUGGCGAAGAUUUUUCACAUGACUGUUUAAAAAAUGUAACUAAACUUACAGAGGAUGAUUUUGGAGGUAUAAUUGAACUAUACAUACCUUCUGAAACGAGCUUAGAGCUUCUUCCAAUUAAACUAAUAAAACCAAAUGGUUAUGAUAUUCAGAAAGGAAAAUGGCCUUCGAAACAAUUUAGAAAAUUUUUCCUAUUCAAUAGGUUUCUGUCGACGGUUACAAAUACCACUAACACGGUUUAUUUACGAACACUUCUGUUUCAAAUAAGGAUAGAGCGCGAUGCGUCUACGUUUGGUCUACGUCUGCAAAUUACUGUCGAAUGUCAUUACGCUACAAAAUCUCCUUUGACAGAUAUCGUCACGACAUCUCUGAGAGUUGAACAUGAGAUGCCCAUGGCUGGCGUUCUACGAGGUUUGGAAAUAUCCGGGGGAGUUUUUGGAUCUUUGAUGACAUUGUACGCUUUAUUGCAAUGGAGGGGAGUCCUGAGACGGGGUGGGCUUUGUUUUGUUGUUGUGCCUUUGCUGUCGAGUUGUAUAGCCGAUGGUCUUUAUUUCGCGAUAUUAAUAUCGGCGUUCCACGCGCUGGUUGCGGAAGCAGGGACUCUCGCACUCACUCUACCGCUGUCUCAAGCCGAGGAACAAGCUAUAGAGGCGAUAGUUUAUAGCGUCAUUUGUUUAAAGGUACUUAAAGUAUUUUGGAUAAAUUGGAACCAAUGUCGGUGUGACAUAUUCUUCAUAGACUGGACGAAAUAUAAUCCUCCUAUUAGAGAUGUAUUUAUCCAAAAUAAGUCAAAAAAUUGGAAAGAAGCCAUCUUGGCUAAAGAAUGGAUGUCAAAACAAACAAAACGUAGAGUUUCACCCGGCUUCACUGCUGUCAGCACUUUGUUGAUUUUACAUCUUUUAGAUCAAACAUCAAUUAAUCUAUCAAAGAGCCAAGGAUACAAAUGGGUUAUUGCAUCCGUAACUUGGUGGAGUUGUUAUACAAUACUAUUGUGUAUAAGGAUCUUCAUCGAUAAAUUCAUUAAAUCUUCAUCAAUCAAGUUGACGAAAAUAUGUUCUGAUUUGGAACUUUCAUUAUUGAUAUUUGAGCAUGAGAAUUAUGCGCAUUAUGUGGAUGGAAGAAAUGAAGAUUUAAUUGACUUCAGGCCGACCGUUCACGCUUUACAAACAUGUCGUGUUGUUUGUUCGCCUCAGUUGAGGAAUGUAUAUAAAAAGCUGUCAAAUAACGGUGAACUUGGCCACAAUUCGAACCGUGCACUUUUGUCUCAGUUUUUGAGUGCAUUUUUUGAAAGGGCAUUAGACGGUUUAAACUGGGUGGCCAGUGAGAGAACAAUAUUUGAGAAAUUAUUUGAUGUUGAAUUUAUGGAAAGAGAGGGCGGCAGCACUAGUGUGUUACUCUACGAUGGUGACGUCACAACGCCAUCAUGUUUUGCUGUUACGUGGUGGGGAGAAGAGUGGACGCUGGCAACAUUCGACUCUAUGUUAUUUGGCUGUAUUGUGAUAAUGACCGGCAAUUCUGUUUUAUCUGCGUUAAUUACCCUAAUAACGUGGCAAAUUAUGAAAUGUACUCGAGAUUUCUUCGGAAAUUUGAAUGUAAAAAAUAAAGUCGGCUUAAAUAAUUAAAAAUAAUGGCAAUAUUAAGUUAUUCUACACUAAACGCAGAUAAAACUGUUAUACGCAGUAUUUUGUAAUGCAUAGUACUAUUUUUAUUGUUGCUGUAGUUUUAGUACAAAGUGAAACUAGAGAAGUGACAAAAAAUAUACAAUCAGACGAUAGAAGUGAUAUUGAAAUUUUUGAUGCAAGUAAAUACAUGAACCGUCCCACCGUAUACACGACACCAAUCUUACCGAAAUCAGAAACGUAUCAAUCUUUACACGGCUUCAUUGUAAAUAUAUGUAGCGUAAUAUUAAACCGCUUUAAAGGUUCCAAAAUUGGGACAUACAUAUAUACACUGAGCAAAACCUUAAAAGGUUUGGGAUCGGAAUAUAUAAUGAAAGUGAUUAUAAGAAAAUUUGCCAAAUAUUUAAAGGAAUUGUCCACUCUCAGGAGUAAAUUUAUAAAAGAUAAAGUUAAUGGUUUCUUGAAAAUUAUAAAAGGGAAUAAACCGAAAAGGAAAGAGUUGUUUAAACUACUAAAUUCUUUAUAUACCCUACCACAGAAUAUUAAAAUGGAUGUGUAUAUAAAUCGCUUAAAACUAUUUGGUAGAAGUCGAUCGCAACGUAUUAGAAAAUCAACCAGAGAUAUAUUUAAGUAUAUAAUAUUUUAUACGAUAAGUAAUCAAGAUGAUUAUAUCAAGGAUAAUAUUCGGUUUAAAUUCCAUGCCGCUCUUGUUGAGUAUUUGGAGGAAAUAAAGAGUUCUCAC